GUGCUCUCUCUCUCUCUCUGUCUCUCUUACACAUAAAAUCAGCGGGUAGAGAGAGAAGAGAGCAAAGCAAGCCUAGCUUUAUAAUUGUAUACUAUAUAAGAACACCUCAGCAGAGACUCUUUCUUUUCUUUCUUUGCUUUCUUUGCUCAUUCUUUAGGGAAAGAGAGAGAUUCGAAGGGUGCACGAAAAUAGCUGAAGACUUUCGUCUUUCCACAUAUUUCUUUCACAAUGAUCUCCUUGCAUAAAAGCUGUUUUCUGAACAACACUGGCAUUUCUGGGUCGUCAAGCCCUUUCUCUUACAAGCUGAAGAAGCUGCCACCAGCUUCACUCAAAGUGGCAGCAUUAGGCCCUAACAGGGAUAGAAACAACAGCGUUGUAAUUGAGAACAGCAACACGUUGAAAGAAAUAAGAGAAGAAGGCACUUCUUCUGUUGCUGACGUGAACUCCAAUUCCACCGUUACCGGCGGAGAUCGUGACGUCUACUAUGAUGACGCCGCCACCGAGGAUCAGCUUGUCACCCCUUGGUCUAUCUCUGUUGCCAGUGGGUAUUCUUUGUUGCGAGAUCCUCACCACAACAAAGGGCUUGCCUUCACUGAGAAGGAGAGAGAUGCUCAUUAUUUGCGUGGUCUUCUUCCCCCAACUGUUAUUUCUCAAGAGCUCCAGGUGAAGAAAAUGAUGCGAAGUAUCCGCCAAUAUCAAGUUCCUCUGCAGAAGUACAUGGCCAUGAUGGAUUUGCAGGAGACAAAUGAAAGGCUGUUCUACAAACUUCUUAUUGACAAUGUUGAGGAGUUACUGCCUGUUGUCUACACUCCAACUGUUGGCGAAGCUUGCCAGAAAUAUGGGAGCAUCUUCAGGCGCCCUCAGGGUCUUUUUAUCAGUUUGAAAGAAAAGGGGAAGAUACAUGAAGUUCUGAGAAAUUGGCCUCAGAAGAAUAUUCAAGUCAUUGUUGUCACUGAUGGGGAAAGGAUUCUGGGUCUUGGGGACCUUGGAUGUCAGGGAAUGGGAAUUCCUAUAGGGAAGCUUUCUUUAUAUACAGCACUAGGAGGGGUUCGUCCUUCAGCUUGCUUGCCUGUAACCAUUGAUGUUGGUACAAACAAUGAGCAAUUGUUGAAUGAUGAGUUUUAUAUAGGACUUAGGCAAAGGAGAGCUACUGGGCAGGAAUAUGCUGAACUUAUGCAUGAAUUCAUGACUGCAGUCAAGCAGACCUAUGGAGAGAAAGUUCUCAUCCAGUUUGAAGAUUUUGCGAACCACAAUGCUUUCGAUUUGCUUGCUAAAUAUGGCACAACUCAUCUGGUUUUCAAUGAUGAUAUUCAGGGAACAGCGUCUGUGGUCCUUGCAGGGCUUGUUGCUGCACUGAAAGUAGUAGGUGGAACUUUGGCUGACCAUAGAUUCUUAUUCCUUGGUGCUGGAGAGGCUGGCACUGGCAUAGCAGAACUCAUAGCCCUUGAAAUUUCAAAACAGACAAAUAUGCCACUAGAUGAGGCUCGGAAGAAGAUUUGGCUUGUGGACUCCAAGGGAUUGAUUGUUAAAUCUCGCAUUGACUCUCUUCAGCAUUUCAAGAAGCCCUGGGCCCACGAUCAUGAACCCAUCAAGAAACUUGUGGAUGCUGUUAAUGGAAUCAAGCCAACAGUGUUGAUUGGAACAUCAGGAGUAGGAAGGACAUUUACUAAAGAAGUUGUUGAGUCUAUGGCUGCCUUGAACGAUAAACCUAUUAUUUUCUCUCUUUCUAAUCCAACUUCACAAUCUGAAUGUACUGCUGAAGAAGCUUAUACAUGGAGUCAGGGUCGUGCCAUUUUUGCUAGUGGAAGUCCAUUUGACCCUGUUGAAUACGAGGGAAGACUUUUUGUGCCUGGGCAGGCAAAUAAUGCAUACAUCUUCCCUGGCUUUGGUCUGGGUUUAAUUAUGUCUGGUGCAAUCCGUGUUCAUGAUGACAUGCUUCUGGCAGCCUCGGAGGCUUUGGCAGCACAGGUGACACCGGAGAACUUUGACAAGGGACUUAUUUACCCACCAUUCAAAAAUAUCAGAAAGAUUUCGGCCCAUAUUGCUGCCAAUGUAGCGGCUAAAGCAUAUGAACUUGGUUUGGCUACACGCAUGCCUCAGCCUAAGGAUCUUGUGAAGUAUGCGGAAAGCUGCAUGUACAGCCCUGGCUACCGAAGCUACCGGUGAAUUAGCGAGAUUGCCUCUGCUUUGGAUGUCUUAAACAGAAAAUCCGUUUUAAUUAUUUCUUGUAGUCUUUAUUUAAUUUUAUUUUUUUUCAUUUCUUUCUCAUUUUUUAAGUUUUGUUCCUUCCCUUUUCUUCUUUCCUGCCCUGCUAGUUACUUGGUGGGUAAGAAGAUGCAUGGUGGGUGAUGGUAGUUAAGAUAAAUGAAGUCAAAUAUAGCAGGGAAAAUGUUGUUCUGGACUUGGAAAAGUUUCACAUGAAGUAGAAAUUUCCAAAGUGUCAAAGAUGGUCUACUUUUGUAAGGUCUU